AUGGCGGAUAAAGUUGCUCCGUCCUCUCUGGGGGGGGUAGCCGCGUCAGAGGGGGUAUCUACGCCACAGCGGGGAGCCGUGUCGAACCGAGGUACUGUCGCGGUGUCGCAAGCCCCUGCCACUGCGGGGAUAGCGCCUCUGGUGAAUCCACUGACCGCAGCAGCAUUUGAGGAUGAAGCCCAACGCAAGCGGACGGAGGCCAUCGCGCAUCAGGCCACGGCCUGCCUAUGGACUAGCAUGAGCUGGUUUGUACUACUGGGCAUACUCGCCAUAUUUUGCAUCUCGUAUGCAAAUGUGGCAUUUUCGUGUAUCCUCAUCGUUGGUGGCAUCGUGAUCCCGGCUCUGGGUCUAGCAGGUGUGUACAUGUCGAAACGGGGUUUUCUCCUCGCUUACCUGAUAUGGGGAACCAUCAUGCUUAUUUUACUCAUAGCGAUGUGGGUAUACAAUGUAUACGUAUUGGUCAACGCCGUUGACGUCUUGGGUGCCUCCCUCGGCUACACGUGGGAGGUUGGUUACAUACGGCCCGACUGGCACGACCGCUUUGGCUUCCCCGAAAGCCACACCGAGGACCAUUCUCCGCCGGGGUGGAUGAGGACCGCUUUUCCGGAUCACGAAGGUUCAACCUUAUUCACGAUGAAGGACAACCAGGAGCCACCGAUGAGUGGUACGAAUGGUAUAGAGGCGUCGUUAUUUCCGCCGUCACACUCUGUAACAGCGGGGGAAGACGCGCAAGCCUUGCUUCAGGUUUGUGUGGACGGCGCAGCGAAGCAGCCUGACUUUUCCACAGAUACAGGCAUGGUUCUUGAAGCGCUCAGUACGCGUGGCUGGCUGUGCGCGUAUUCGAAAGCCGAAAUUAUGAACUUCCGCAAAUGGCCUGUGAAUUGUUGGCAUACAUGUGGCUACAAGUAUCUGAGUGCGGGUCACUCGCUUUCGUCAUCAGAUCCUACAGAUGUGCAUCGCCUGCAGAGCUUCAUAGAGCACCUGAAAUCCAUAUCCCCCGAUGAACAGCAGGAAUGCAUGUUGUACACCAUGGCAACAGCAUGCUCGAUCCAGGACAAGCACUAUCUCGUUGUGUGGGUGAUUCUGAUAUCUGUGUGGCUUUUGUGCGCAUGCAUUGGUUGCUGCUGCGUGACGCCGGUCUCUCUGGGGUUUAGUGGCAAGGUUUGGACCCUGCUUCGUGGAUAG